UUAGUAAAAUUAACGACCACAGAACCGAUCCUCCGGAGGUCUCGUCUGCCUCGGAUCUCUUUCCUUCUCUCCUCGUUAGCGAAGGAAUAGAACGAGGUCGAGGGAGGAAUCGAGAUCGGAGGAUUGGUUCGAAGGAUCUCCUGGGGCUUCUUUGAUCCCUGCGACGAUGUCGUCUUUCAGCGGCGAUGAAACAGCCCCCUUCUUUGGCUUCCUCGGCGCCGCGGCCGCGCUCGUCUUCUCCUGUAUGGGAGCGGCGUACGGGACGGCGAAGAGCGGCGUCGGGGUGGCGUCCAUGGGGGUGAUGCGGCCGGAGCUCGUGAUGAAGUCGAUCGUGCCUGUAGUUAUGGCUGGAGUGCUCGGGAUCUACGGAUUGAUUAUUGCUGUGAUCAUAAGCACUGGGAUUAAUCCCAAGGCGAAAUCGUAUUACCUCUUUGAUGGGUACGCUCAUCUGUCCUCUGGGCUUGCUUGUGGCCUCGCCGGUUUAUCUGCGGGUAUGGCCAUCGGGAUCGUUGGUGAUGCUGGUGUCCGGGCCAACGCGCAGCAGCCGAAGCUCUUUGUGGGCAUGAUUCUUAUUCUCAUUUUUGCUGAAGCACUUGCACUUUAUGGCCUUAUUGUUGGCAUCAUUCUCUCUUCCCGGGCUGGUCAAUCUAGGGCAGAUUAAGAAGCAUAAACAUCUAUAACUGGCAACCCCUUUUAAGUUCAUAAUUAACACACACGUGGCUUCUUACCGGUUUUGCACAUCCAUUCUGUUUGGUAUAUUUGUUUUAAGGAAAAUUUCCCUACUGUAUUUUCUGACAUAUAUUUCUUGGGCUAUCGUAAAUUUAUAAUGCAAGUUGUCAGUUGCUUA